UCAUCAAAAUUAUUUUCAUUUAUAUACAUUUUAUUGACGUGUCAGACAAGAAUGUGUUAUUCAAUUUAAAAAUUAAUAUUUCUAAUUUCCAAUUAAUUAAUUUGUUUAUAUCUUACUUGUAUAAAUACUCUGUUGUGAUCUCCCCCAACAACAUAAAUGUAAAGUAUAUUUGGUAGAAACAAGACUAACAAUGUGCAAAUGUUUAUUUGUUUAUAAAUCAAUGCAAAUACGGUAUGGCUGAUAAAAAGAAGAAAAUGUUCCCAUCCAAAGAGUCUACAAUACCAAGGAGGCCGGUUAUUUUGAAAUCAGACCGUGAUACUACAAAGGAGCAAGCUAAAGAAAAACCUGAAAAAGAGAAACAACCAACUAUUAUUCUUAAAACUAGGGAGCAGAGUGUGAUCAAAGAUGAUCGACCAGUGAGCCCUAAAAAUGUUGCAAGCUCAACAUCAGAUGAGCCCCAUUUUAGUAAAAUUGUUCAGAAUGAGCAUAAAGAUAAAAAACAUGGAGAACAAAAGAUAAGUCCACCUCUGAAGCAAAUGACGGAGCCCAUAAAACUAUUGGAUGAAAAUAUGGAAUUCAACAGUGCAGCUUUGGAGUUCUUGCAUGACUCGAGUACUAAUUAUCUUGUUGUUGGAAUAAUAGGAACGCAAGGAGUAGGAAAGUCAACAAUACUGAACCUUAUUGCUCAGAGUACACAGUCCCAAAACGUAUGCAUACAGAAGUUCCACGCACUAGCUGUGUCCAAUCAGGACACCUACCAGAGUAAUGUCACAUCAUUAGAAGGUCAAGUGAGAGACCUGGACUUGAGUGUGCAUAAUGAUGUACAGAAAACUGAUAAUUGCUUUAAGUUCAAAAUGCAGGAUAUUGAACACAUUGAACGGGGUGUACAUUGUACAAAAGGCAUAGAUAUGUACAUAACUAAUGAUCGAGUCAUACUCCUGGAUUGCCAAGCUCUAUGGUCACCGUCACUCAUAGAAGAGAACACCAAUCCAGUAACCUCGAGAAGUGCCAAUGUGGUCAUAGUUGACUGUCUUCAGAUAGCAUCCUACCUGAUGGCCAUUUGCCAUGUACUGAUCGCUGUACAGGAUUGGUUCACAGAUUAUAACUUUAUAAGGUAUAUCCAAGCUGCUGAAAUGCUGAAACCAUCUCUCUCAGCAUCCAAUACUGUGAGCAGCCAAGAAGGUUCAGAAUCUACCGCAGAUGGUGAAUGCCAUCCACAUUUAUUAUUACUUCAUAACCGCUGCCAAUUGGAAGAUUUCACCAAUGAGGCUCUGAAGACCAUGCAGGAUGUAUACAGGCAAGCAUUCCAGAGGUCUAACUUACAACUCAACUCGGGUAUGUAUAUGUAUAGCGACACCAACAGCCAUGGUCUGGAUGUGGAUAAUGUGUGCAAGGGGUACAGCGUCGAUACCUGUGGUACACCAAUUAACCUGUUCCUAUUGCCGGAGCUGUAUGCGGACUAUGAUAAUAUAGACAUAUAUCGAGGACACCCGCCAUUCGAACAAUUGGCGAAACGACUUCGCUGGAUGAUAUUAGGAGUCAAUAGACACCAAAUAACUAAUGUUCCCAACCUCUCCGAAAGGGGAUGGUUCCAUUACUGCAACAAAGCAUGGGAAACCAUAAGAAAGUGCACCUUUUUCAUGGAAUACGAACGGUUCCUGCCUUGAAAACAUUAACACUAUCUCGGAGAAGGAUUAUUGAUAUUAGACAACAGAUACGGCACAGGUGCCUGACACCUGCAUCUUAUCACGAGAGAUAAAGCCGUUUGAAAGCAAUGAUUUUAUUAAAACAAAAUUGUACAUUGGCAAUUGGACCCAAUAAACAUUUAAUAAUUA